UGUAUCCCCCCAUAAAUGAGCCAAUUAAAUAGAUUCCAGUUGACUACGAACUGCUCCCUCAGCAGCAGGGGUGAACCCUUCCUCCUCCUCCUCCUCCUUCUCCAUCACUUCCACCCACCAUGCAGAGAGGAGCGUGAGGAAAGAAGAGCCACUGCGAAGCAUCAUCAGUUUGUGGUCGCUUGUUUCUCUGAUGUCUUUGUAGAUGAGAGAUGGGAUGUGGAAAUUCUGCACCUGCCACUUUAAACACCGCAGGUCCUGCUGAGUCGUCAUCAAAAGGGUCAGAAGAUUCUCUGUCAGAUGAUGAUAAACGAAAAAACUAUGGCGGCGUGUACGUUGGUUUGCCUACGGACCUGAACAGCAUUCCUCAAGUGAAGAUCGGCUCUCUCCGAGAGAGUGAGAAAGACCCUUCGUCCCUCAGGAAGCCGCUGUGGGGGAACGGACUGUGACUUAAUGAAGAGUCAACCUGCUGCCUCACCUCCUGCUUCUCCUCUAAUGAGGCCUUUGACAGUUGGAGGACUAUUCUGCCGCCUUGUUUUGGUUCUGCUUUUACUCAGCAAAUUAGCAUAUCUACUGUAAAUACAGUCACAUUACAUGUGAGAACCACAGGAAUGUUAUCCUCGGAAUGUGUGAAAAUGUUUUGCCGGUCGGAUAUAACUUUGAGUCCUCCAAAAUAAAAGCAUCAGCACAUUGUUUACAUCGUGGGUCAUGUGUUCCAGUGUUGAGACAGAGGAGGAAGGAAGGUAAA